AUGCAGUUCUCCAUCAAGACUGUCCUCGCUGUUGCCGUCGGCAUGGCUACCUUCGCCUCUGCUGCGCCCCAGGCCACUGUCGAUGGGGUUGCCAGCGCCUCUACUCCCCCUACCGAGGUCGUAGAAAUCGUACCCGUCCCUGUCUCUGUCGAAAACCAAGAGGCAGGCCGCCUCUGCUGCGCCUUCGAGGGAUGCAAGGUCUGUGCCGACUUUGGCAGCAACGACUGCGGCCCCUGCGGAGGAGCACCCGACAAGAUCGUCACACCCACCUUCUUGGGUCAUGCGUCCAUUGGUUCUCAGAGAAAUGAGACGUGA